GGUUCUGCCCCUUGACGAAGAGGAAGAAGACAACGACGACGACGACGAGGGUGUUGGUUUCAGAAUGAUUGAAAAUCUCGAUCGGCAGCUUGCUGCCUUGGAUCCGGAGCCCGGCCGGUGCUGGAGAACCGACGGCGAUAAGUGGGAUCUGAUGGCUGGCCAGAAGUACUUUGAGGGUGACAUGCACCGUGGCCUGAGCGGUUCAAGAAAGCCUGUGGAAAUAUUACUGGGUGGCGGGAAACGCAGCCCAUAUGCAUUGAGAAUAAAGGCAGGACAGGGCAUUGUAGAUAUAUUAAAGUCACAGAGUGGUCCAACAGUGUGCGUUCUGUCGGCAAUUUGACCAGUUUCCGUCCUGGAUAUGCGUCCAGAUGAAUCCUUUGGUGCCUUUAACUUAAGAUACGAGGUCUGGUUCAGAUGUAAAGCUAUGUUUCAAACCCUUGACCCUUCAACUUGGAGGCAAAUGGUGGAUAGUCUCCAGGAGGCUUCAUAUUCAGCCUGAAUCUUACCAUUAGUGCAAGGGGCAUAGCUUUUCUAUUUCUUUUCCUUGCAUGCCUCAAGGUGGCAAAGCACCAUAUGAUAUGAUUUUUUCUACUGCAUAAGAAAGGGAAUGUGUGCUUGGGCAGCAAGGCUGAAGCCUAGAACAUGAUGGAACAGCUAUUAUCCUCAAAGGUGCUCUUUUCAUUCUUGCCUUUCUCAUUGUUUCUUAUGAUUAUAUGGUCAUCACAAGCUUUAGGGUUUUUCAAUCUAGAGAAGUCCCCUGAUACCUGUCAACUGUCAGAAUAAGGCUGAUGUCUUCCAAGUUUUUUGGUUGGCAUGAAUGGGAAAUUUGUAUCUGUAAUACCUUGUUUGGGUAGGAAAGCAUGAACGCUUUUGAAGAGGCCAUGAAUUGUAAUUUGUGUUUGUGCUGCUGCUUUUGAAGAGGUCAUGAAUUUUAAUUUGUGUUUGUGCUGACAUACCAGGGGCUUCAAAUGAGUAAUAACAAUGGUUUUUGUGAUUUGAGAGUUGGGUGUCUAACCUGUCAGUGGUUUUGAAUAGGAAAUUUGUAUCUAUGUUUGAUGUGGGUUGUGGAAGCUAUGAAUGCUUGU